AGUUUUAUCCUCUCCUUCUCAUGGCUACUAAUAAUGAUAGUAGUAUUAUCAGACGACUACGACUACGACGACGACCCUUACGAUGGGUAUUGAGGUGUAUUCCACUAUUUAUGGUACCACUCAUUAGUAUAUUACUACACUGGCCACUAUCCACUACUUUAUUAUCAUUUCUUAUAAGCUUAAUAGUAGUAUUCCUAUAUCUACAAGAAGGGUUAAUAGUAAACAGCAGCAGCCUUAUCAUUAGAGUACCAUGGACUUGGCGUAUACUACUAGUAUGGAUGCUUCAAUUAGUGAUAGUAAAGGGUAUUGAACUAUUACUUUAUGAAGAUAAUCAUGUGGUGUCUAUGAACAGCAUAACAAAGUUAUGGGAUAGUAAUAACUUAUCAAUCGAUGUAAAGAAAAGAGAAGGCUCCUUUAAAAAGGAUGUUAAUCUACCUAAGCAGCAGCAGCAGAACAGGGAGGAUGAUGAUGCUUUUCUACCUCUACCACCUGUUGUGACUAGGCACGAUGCCUCAUCAUACAGUAUCCAACCGUACCUAUCGUACAGUAUUGUAUUACCUUGUGCUAAUGAAGGAGAGUUUAUGGUUAAGACUGCUAGGUCUGUAUAUGAAUCGACACCGAAUCUUCAUGAGAUAAUAGUAGUAGAUGAUGGUAGUUCCCCACCAUUGAGGACAUUAGUUACUGAUGAGGAAGUAGAGUUAUGGAAACUGAAGUUUAUCAGGCAUGAACAUUUUACUGGUCUGAUAAAUGCUAAGAAUGUUGGUGGAUGGAAAGCUACAGGUGAUAUUAUAGCAUUCCUUGAUUGUCAUGUUAAACCCGAUAUUUAUUGGACUAAACCAAUAAGUAAAUAUAUAUCUGAAAACUCCAAGACUGUAGUAGUACCAACAGUAACUAGUCUUGAUCCUAAUACAUGGAUAGAAACAAGAACUCCUCCUGGUACUACCAGAUGUUGUAAACUAACUUGGAAUGUUGAUUUCCCUUGGUAUAAUGCAGAUGAUACUAGAGUACCUGUAAUGAUAGGAGGAUUACUUGCUAUGCAUAGGGAUAUGUGGGAGUAUACAGGAGGAUAUGAUACUGGUAUGAUUGGCUGGGGUGGUGAGAAUAUUGAUCAAAGUCUACGUAUACAUCUAUGUGGUGGAGAGAUUAUGAAUGCUCUCGAUAGCUAUGUUGCUCAUAUGUGGCGAUUACAAGGUGAUGAGAAGACUAAAGCUAAAUAUACAUUACCAAGUGGGAGUCUUAUGCGUAAUAGGUAUCGAGCUGCAUUAAGUUGGUUUGAUGAGUUUAUUGCUAAGGCUGAAGAACUAAUCAGAAUACUGUUAAGAACAAGUAUCCCUAAGAGUGGUAUUACUACUGAGUCUAGUAGCUCAUGCUUAAGUGCUUCGAUUGUUGAAGGGCAACAAACAUUGAGUGUAGUUGAAUGUGAUCCUACUGAUACAAGGCAACAGUGGCAAUGGAUACAUAAAAUACAAAUACGUAAUGUUGCUCUUGGACAAUGUAUUGAUGCUGCUGAUGGUAAUACACCAAUACUCUAUUUAUGUUAUGGUGAAGAAGAAUAUAAUAUAGGGCAACAGUUUAUCUACGAUGAUGAUAGCAAUACAUUGAUGAACACGAAAACAUAUAAGUGUAUGGAUAUACAUACAGAAUCAGAAUAUGAUGUUAUAGAGUUACCACCAUCUAUUCAAUCGUGUCGUGAUAUACCUAUACAAUGGGAUCAAUAUUUACCGUUUGUACCACUAGAAACUAAACUAUAUGCAUCAUCACCAGCAGCAGCUACAAAAACAGCCGUUUCUGAUGAUUGA